UAAAAAUGUACAGCUAUUCAACGCAAACUAUCAAAUGUAAGUCAGGUGUGGUCAUAUUAUAUGCAUAUAUUUUGGUUUUGUCCUCAAAAGGGAAUUGCCUGCGUCGCCAUGAAGUGGUUUAGCUCCGUUGUCGUCAUUGCCAUUACAACUCUGGUAACUGCUCGGCCAGAAAAAUUGAACAAGGACCAUCCUGCUGCCUUUAAAGAAGCCCUACUGGCACAUAGUCGUGCCAAACGUGACUUGUUCGUCUAUGGAAACUGGUGCGGUGUCGGCAUCACUGGAGUGGGGACAGCUUGCACUUGUGAAGAUACCGUAGCAGACUGCGAGGCUGCCCUUGCACCCAAGGACUCACUGGACGCGGCUUGCUUAGAACACGACCUCUGUCUGUGUAACAAGCCACCAGGGGACUUACCCGAGCUGAUCGCAUUAUGUCAGUGCAAUAUGGAGAUCUACAAUGAUGCCUCAGCCAAUAACGUCUGCACGGAGUAUAGCUGGUGGUGGAAUUUCUUUGCCCGCAGUAGUUGCGAGUCCUACAGAGCUGGGUUAAAAUCAGCAUUUCUCUUUGCCCCGUGCUACUGCCAAACGUCGUCUUCGGUUGUGCUAGGUUUCCCACAGUGUCAAUCACCAUAAAUAG